GUCUGAAGGCAGUUCCUUGCGUGGUUUGGAGAGAGAUUUCUCAGAAUUAGAGAAAAGCCAAAAGAUUUUAGAAGAGAGAAGGGAGAUACUGGAAGGAUGAGAUACAUUUGCUCUGCUUCCAUUGAGCUGGUGUUGAGCUUGAUCAGUCAUAUUCUCAUCGGCUGCAGCACGACAUGUAUUUCCUUACAAGCACCAGCCGGCUGAAUGAGCAAGUGGUUGAUAAAAUUAUUCUUCAGCUUAACAGAGUCUAUCCCCAAAUUCUUACCAAUGAAGAAGCAGAAAAGUUCAGGAAUCCAAGGGCAUCACUCCAUACCAGACUCUCAGAUCUGUUAAAACACCUUCAAAAGAAAGGAGACAGACACUGUCAGGAGUUUUACAGGGCUCUGCAGAUCAAUGCUGAACAGCUGUUUAAUGACCUGCCAAGUAGGAAGAUCUUGAAAACCCCAGAUCCCACAGAGAUAGACACUGGCAAGGAGCAAUAUAUGCUAAAUGACAGGGGCCCGGUGUUCUUCCUGGCCUGUUUCAGCGUGGCUGCAGGACUUGCCCUGUUUUGGUAUUGCUGUAACUCAGAUACAAAAGUCGUAGGAAGAGCCAGGAGAAUCUUGGGCUUUUCUCCUAUUAUCAUAGGAAGACAUGUUAGAAAUAUUUGUAUGUUGUAUCUGGAAGACAUAUCAAGAGAUUAAGGAAGAGCUGCCUCCUCGCUUGUCUGUACAGUAACCUGCCAAGGGAAGCCAACGGUGCAUAAAUAUUAAUCUCCUGUACUCAUACCAAAGAUUUUAUUAACUAGCUUCAUCAAUAAUUGCCUUGCCUCCAGAUGUAUUCAGAAUUUCAGCUAUAAAUGUCUUUCCCUCUGGGAACAGACCAUUUAUUUUUGUAAAUGCUUAUUUUAAAAUAUUUAUCGUUGGGAUAAAAAAAGGUAUUUUUUAAUACGAGCUUUAAAAGGAUCUCCUAAGUGAGGGUCUAAAGCCAUGUUUGCAAAUGUGUUUUGUACUGGAAUGAAGGAUCACAACUGUUUGAAGAAUGCUAGCCUGCCUUUCGUGGUAAUUAAUUUAAGAGAAGUACUUGAAACAAACACAUGCACUCAAAGCCUUACUAAGAAAUGGAUCUCCAUUUCUGGAACUGUUUUGUCUGGAUCCUUUGUACUCCCUGCCCUGAGCUCAGGUGUAAAAAGUUUAUGGGUGCCAGUUCCCUUUGUGUCUGCUUUGGAUUCCCUGCCGGUGCCUCAUCCCAGCCUGUUCCUGGUCACACCCUGCUGGCCCUGGUUUGGAUGCCCUGCACUGGUUCCCAGCCCACAGAGGGUCCCAGGGACUGGAAUGUCUGGCCUGAAGCACUUCAGACUCCCAAGAAGAUGUUUAAGGUUUCUUUAGCUCUGCCUUUCCCAGUGAAGGGCUUUGCACUCUGUGUGUCUGAGAAACGGAACUAAUCCAAGAUACUUUGCAGUGACUUAAGUGCCACGACAUGGGGCUUUUUCAUGGCCAGAAAUACUUGAAGAGCCUGGGGUUGUUCAUAUGCCACGUGGUGAUGUUGUGUUUUUCUCUUCUGUGAGUUGAAACCCGAGAAACUUGCAGAAACCACUGUAAGGUAAAAUUCCUGAGGGAGAGGCAGGGAGUUGGGCUGCAAGUGAAGCAGCUUGGGGUUUCUCAGCUUGCUCCUGCCCCAGUCAGUGCCAAGGGCUGUGGAGAGUUCCUCAGUUACUGCUCAAGAGCAGCAGGAGCUUGGGGAGACCACGGUCCUGUAACCUGGUGAGAAAGACACUUUUGUGGCUCUUCAGUCAGUCAGGAAAUUUCCAGAUCGAAUCAAAUGUCAUCUGAAUGAACAGCUACAGCACAAGGUACCAAGCACUGCAGGAUCUCAUGUGAAAUUUUCGGUCAUUUGGAGUGUUUUUUUCGAAGCAGACUGAAAAUUGUCUUUCAGCUUUAAACCUUAAUCAUGCUAUUAAAAUGUCAUCAUCAGGGAUUUUUAUAUGGGUAGAUAGUGAUAGGACAAUAGGAAAUGGUUUUAAACAGGCAGAGGGCAGGGUUAGAUGGGAUAUUGGGAAGAAAUUCUUGGCUGUGAGGGUGGGGAGGCCCUGGCGCAG